AGUAAAGCAUGGUUUCUUUAUUUUUUACUCCAAUUUUUUGAUUUUUCAGGAGUACCUAACAAACCUACCGCAACAAUGGAUUUCCCCAUCCAUUUUCAACGACCCAUUAAUGUUGGAUAGACAUUGCAUCACUACUGCUUCAUCUCUCCCACCCACAAAAUCUUCACUCUCUCUAAACAGACACAUCAAUGGAAGGACUGGUGAAGGGUUUGAUUAACAUAGCAUUGGGCAACGAGGACGGGGACGGAGGCGAUCGCCGCACUUCAGACGAUCGCGAUGACGAACGAUCCAGAUCCACUUGGGCGCAGGUGGUGUCAGGGGAGCAGGAUGAAGACGAGAUCAACGGCGAUCGCGGUCAUGGUUAUCGAAGAGAGGGCAAUUCUGGCCAGCACCGUGAAAGAUAUGAAGACAGCAGGCAGAAGAAUAAUGUCAACCCCCAUCAAGGAUAUGAAGAGAGAGUGCAGGAUUUUUAUGGUCAAAUCCAUAUGAAUGAAAAGGUUGACCAGGCAAAUGGUGAGGGCUGGGAAAAUGUUCACAAGAAGACUUCAAAGAGACAACAAAAGGUACAUAUGGAUCACUGGGACAAUUACAAGAAACCUGCUAGUGAGCAAGACUACUCCAAUGAGGUUGAAUAUGGUGCUGACCUGGAUCCCUCGGGAGAAGAGCUUGCCAACCUAUCAAAAGCUUGUAACAAACUCUGGGAACUCGAUGUAAAUCGUUUGGUUCCAGGAAAGGAUUACCAGAUUGAUGUUGGCGAAGGAAAAAAGGUGCACCAAAGGGAGGAUAUGGCAGAUGGAAGCUUGUUUUCCUGGCUUAGUGAAGAUGCUCUGCAGAAGCCUACUUUUUCUCGAUUUUGUUCUCUUUUAGAUAACUACAAUCCGCACGAGGGAUAUAAAGAAGUUGUAACAGCUCAAGAACAGCAAGAGCAGUUGGCAUUUGUCGAAGAGAUCAGUAGAACUGCCCCUAUAAAAUAUUUACACAAGUAUCUGUCUGCAAAAGGCGUGGUUUCUGAAAGUUAUCAUGAGUUCAAGAAAAGGUUGACAAGCCUCUGGUUUGACCUUUAUGGCCGAGGUGGUACAUCUGGCUCUUCUUCCGCUUUUGAACAUGUUUUUGUUGGAGAAAUUAAGGAGCGUGGAGGGGGAGAAGUUUCUGGCUUCCAUAAUUGGCUUCAGUUUUAUCUGGAAGAAGCAAAGGGCAAUGUAGAUUAUCAAGGAUACAUUUUUCCUCAAAGGCGAGGACAAAUUCCCGACUUGGAGACUCAGCUCUUGACAGUUCAGUUCGAAUGGAACGGCGUACUGAAAUCGGUGUCGAGCACUUUGGUGGGAGUGAGCCCAGAGUUUGAACUCGCGCUCUAUACUCUGUGUUUCUUUGUGGGAGGGGAGGACAACCACGUUGAGAUCGGUCCGUACUAUGUUAACAUCAAGUGCUAUCGCAUGGGAGACAAAAUUGGGUCUGCUUUCCCAAUGGCAGAGUGAUGAAAGUGAGGUAAACAAAAAGACAUUCUUUCAGUGUGUAAACAUAGUGUGAAUGUUUUUUUUUAUCUAAAAAAAACAUAGUGUGAAUGAAAUACACACCACAUUAUUUGAUCCCAGGAUCCAGAUUUAUCGAAGAGUUGUGUCUGUAUGUGUAAGCAUAUUGGGUGACAUGUUUUUAGGGUGGAAUCCUUUCAGUUUCAGACAUGUAAUUCAAGAUUGUUUUUUUUUUUUUACUUCUUUUUCUCCUUGGUUGAACCUUUCUUCUCUUUAAUAUUGAGAGUUGAACUUUUCUGGUUACAUUGGGCCUUAAUAUAAAAACCAUGGAUAU